AUGUACGUGGCUAGUCGAAAUAGUUUUCAUCCACCACACAUAAUCACCGGUCCCACACCGACAAUGUGGGCAACAGCUCUUCUCACCUAUCCGCAAUCAAAUGACAGCGAUAAUUCAACCGUGAAGCCAUUACCUCUACUGCCAGCUGAUGACACUUUCUUUGAAUACAAAUUCCUGAAACCUCUGCAACCUAAACUAGCUCCGCCGGCAGUCAAACGUGUUAAACUCUUUUUCUCAGUUGUAUGGAACUCUAGUCAAGGUGAUGCCCUUGAAGAAUGGCAAGUCAACGGAAUUACAUUUGAACAUGCAAAAGAACCAUUACUACAAGCUAAUUUUCUCGAUGGUACCGAUCGAUAUGCUGUAGCUGACUCACGUCGGGGUCGAGUAGGGAAUGUACACGAAACUUAUAUUGAAUACUUUGAAUUUGGACAAGUUUACGAAAUAGUAAUGAUUAACGAAGAUCCUCAACAACAUCCUUGGCAUCUACAUGGCUAUACCGUCGAUUUCGUGGCCGCUGAAAAAUUGGAAGUGGGGACAGACUGCAACGGAACAUCGACGGGUGUUGAUAUGAAAACCUUUGAUUAUGAUUCGGUAUUACCAAGCUUAAAUUCGUCAGCACCUGUACAGUAG